GUAUAAAUGGGAGCAAUAAUAAAUCCUUCACGGUUUUACCUGUGCAUCACACGACAUGUUACUACACCGCUCACAAUGUGUACACGAGUUGUUGACGUUCCACUUGCGAGGCUGUGUCCAGCGUGAUACGAAGUUACCAAUUGGCCAUACGGAUCAGAUGCGCGGGCGAGCCGCGUCGCGACACAAGCAAUUAUACUCGCCCCGAGCAACCAUGAAUAUUUGCCUUCCUUCUCCACCGGAUUAAAACUAGGCGGUGUGACCUGCGUAGUUUGUCACCUCUGUUUUGUCAGCUUCGUACUGGUGCAAGCGGUCCGAUUGUACUUCACCACGCACGAGAGUUCGACAGCCUCCCCAGUUUGUCCUCAAGCUGGUGUUCACAUGAGCCUUCGCGGUGGUCAACAAAAAAAAAAUAUAUAUAUAUGCUUGUGACACAAAGAGCCAAGUUACAAGAAAACAACCGAGGGAGCUUCCUUACUCUUUCCUCAGCCCUUCUCACCCUUAAGUUGAUCAUCGAACGAUAAGAAAGGCAUUCGAUGACCGUGAGAUAUGGCCUAAAGCAAGAUACCGGUAGGGUCAAUAGAGUCAGUCUGACCACUGCUUGUGUUUGUGCACCAUCAACAGAUACAAGCCAACGUGCAAGACAAAGGCAAAUGGACACAUCUUUGAUGCGACAGAGCAGCACCCUAAAGAUGGAUGAACGGUUGAGAGAAAACUGGGGAGAUGGAUUUACCUAUCAUGCAGCGUGGUUGUCAGGAACAUGAGAGUAAUCGUCAGUGCAUGGACAAUACAUUACUGCUACUGCUACUGCCGCUGGAGGUCUGUACCUGGAAAAUAUAAGUGGUGGUUGAUAGAGAACAGAGUCACGAGCGGAACAGUUCAUGUGCUUAAGAUUCCGCUACAGAUAGCGGCUUGCUCCAUCCCGAGGAGAUGGGAAUAAGAGGGCAAUGACAUGAAGCGUUGAGCUCAAGGCAAGGCCGCAUGGAUAAGACUUGCACAAGUAGUAGUCCUUGUAGAAGCGGGUUGAAGCAUCGGUUCGCUCGAAUGCUUCUUGGCUCCUCUUGCAGCUCCACCGCGACUGCUACCGAUGUGAUUAACCUUUCUAGCAGCACUCUCCGACAACAAUUAGUGCCAGAAGAGUCCUCCAUCUGCCGCUCCGGCGACGGUCAACGUAAGCUUCGCAACCCUUUGUCGUUCCCUUCAAACGAUGGCGGCCACCAGCACUGCGUUGCUCCCGUCGUGCAAGGCUCUGUUCACCGUGGUGCCCGCCGCUCCGGUCACGAGAUUAAAAAGGAGAGGAGAGUCACCGAGAUUGGCGAGCGUAGCAAGUGCCCUCCCGCUCCUCCGGAUUCUCCGAUGAGGAAUCGCUACUACCGCUCUCACGACGAAGACAAGAAGAAGAAAGCUUGUGGGAGGAGAGGAAGCAGCCGAAGAAAGGCAACGAGGAAGCUGUUGUCAAGCAACGGUUAUGGAUUUAGCAGCUCUUCUUCCUUGGAUCGCAACGACGAACUCGGUCUCUUCAGCAGCGGCGAGGAAGAGGAAGAGUCGGGAACUCUGUUCUCGUCGAAGAGCUUUUCUUCCGACUCCUCCGAGUUCUACUGCAACAACAACGGGAGGAGGAAGAAGAACAAGAAGAAGAGCGGGAGCAAGAGCAUGAAGAGCAACCAACCUUUGAGAGGGACCGCAACCGGUAAGCUUUGGCCAUUGGCCUCCCUUUCCUCGGCAGAGAAGAAACACAAGGCAGAGGCAGAAAUGGAGGUCGGAUUCCCUGUGGUGAAGAAGUCCAGUGAUCCGUACAUGGAUUUCCGAAGCUCCAUGGUGGAGAUGAUCGUGGAGCGGCAAAUGAGCAGCGCAAGCGACAUGGAAAGGCUCCUCCACUCCUACCUUUCCCUGAACUCUCAUCUCCACCACCCCGUAAUCCUCGAGGCCUUCCUCGACACAUGGGAAGCUAUCCUGGGUGAAUAAUACAUUUCGACUUCCUUUGUUCUUCCCCCGCUGUGAAAUGGAGUGAUACACUUAGAAUGA